CAGACGUUCAGUUAUGCGACGGCCGGACGUCGCUAGGGUUUGACUCUGCAGAAAAGAUGGAAAAAAAGACUGAUAAAGACAGCUCAUCCGACGAUGCGCUCGUCAAAAUUCUGUCGGGGCCAACCGGAAACUCCCGCAGACGCAGACUUUCCUGGUACUAUGCGCCCUCCUUUCUGCUCCUUUGGGUGGCGCUCUUCUAUGCCAUCGUGAUCCCGCUCUAUAAUCGACUGCCAGACAGAGUGACUGUUGCCGACGAAUCCCAGAAACCAGGACAGUUUGUGGCGGAGAGAGCCCAGAGACAGCUCUACGACUUCGAUCGCAUCGGACCCAAAGUGGUUGGCAGCAUAGCCAACGAAGUGACAACGGUUGCUUUUCUCGUGAACGAGGCGGAAAAGAUACGUGCCGAAAUGCGCAGCGAUCUCUACGAGUUGGAGGUGGAUGUGCAGGCGCCUUCAGGUGGCUACGUGUUCAUCGACAUGGUUAACAUGUAUCAAGGCAUUCAUAACGUUGUCGUGAAACUGAGUGCCAAAAGCUCCCAGAGUGAAUCGUAUCUCCUGCUCAACAGCCACUUCGACUCGAAACCGAGCAGUCCAGGUUCCGGCGACGAUGGCACCAUGGUGGUGGUCAUGCUGGAGGUGCUGCGUCAAAUGGCUAUAUCGGAGACGCCCUUCGAACAUCCCAUAGUCUUUUUGUUUAACGGCGCCGAGGAGAAUCCCCUGCAAGGCUCGCAUGGCUUCAUCACCCAACACAAGUGGGCCAAGAACGUCAAGGCUUUCAUCAACCUAGAAGUGGGUGGCAGUGGGGGCCGGGAACUUCUUUUCCAGAGUGGUCCCAACAAUCCGUGGCUAAUGAAGUACUAUAGAACCCAUGCCUUGCACCCAUUUGCCACAACCAUGGCUGAGGAGAUCUUUCAGAGUGGAAUUUUGCCAUCUGAUUCAGAUUUCCGAAUUUUCCGUGACUAUGGAGAUGUUCCUGGCCUCGACAUUGCCCAAGUUAGCAACGGUUACGUGUACCACACCGUCUUCGACACUUUUGAGGCCGUUCCUGGACGUUCUGUGCAGAACACAGGUGAAAAUAUUCUCGCCCUAGUGCGCGCCUACACCAAUGCAACCGAAAUGAGUAACCCAGAGGAAUAUGAUGAAGGGCAUGCCGUAUUCUUCGACUUCUUAGGUCUAUUUUUUGUGUAUUACACCGAGACCACUGGAAUAGUACUAAACUGUGUCAUUGCCGUGAUCAGCCUGGGUCUAGUCGCAGUUUCCUUGUGGAGAAUGGCCCGCGCGUCUGAGGUGACAGCUGGUCAGAUAUCCAUUUGGUUCGGCAUCAUCCUGGGGCUCCAUGUGGUGGGCUUCGCACUCUGCCUUGGGCUGCCCCUGCUCAUGGCCGUACUGUUCGACGCCGGCGAUCGAUCUUUGACCUACUUCAGCAGCAACUGGCUGGUUAUUGGCCUCUAUGUGUGCCCGGCAGUCAUUGGUCUGGUGCUUCCCCUGACCCUCUACUACACGCUCAAGCCAAACGGACAGUUAAGCCAUGCCUACCAUCUGCACAUGAGUUUACACGCUCAUUGCGUUAUCCUGGCCUUCUUGGCCAUCGUCUUGACUUCUGUUAGUCUGCGCACUCCGUACCUGUGCCUGUUGUCGAUGAUCUUCUACUCGGCCUCGCUGCUGGUGAACCUGUUGAGCACUCUGCAUGACCGUGGCUACUACUGGACCAUUACCGUGCAGUGCCUUCAGCUGCUACCGUUUUGCUACUUCUGCUAUCUCUUCUACACCUUCCUCGUAAUAUUCUUUCCUGUCCUGGGCCGCAAUAAUAGCGGCACAAAUCCUGACUUGAUCAUAGCCCUUAUCUGUGCCCUCUGCACCUUCUUUGCCCUGGGCUUUGUGGUGCAAUUUAUUAACAUGUUCCGCUGGCCAAAGCUCAUAUUGCUCGGACUGGGGGUGGUCACUUUCAUAUUCUGCAUGAUCGCUGUCUCGGAUGUCGGUUUUCCCUACCGCCCCAAGACCAAUGUAAUGCGGGUAAACUUCUUGCACACACGCCGCUUUUUCUAUGAGCAAGAUGGCUCAGUGAGUCACAAUGAUUCUGGGUACUAUUUCGACUAUCAGGAUCGUCGAGAACUCAAUCCUCUGAAGGACUCCUCCGUCAACCUAAGUGGUCUGGCUCGAGUGGAGCCUGACUGCGAGAAGUACGUUAUGUGCGGCAUUCCGUGCUUCUACUACAGCUGGUGCAGUCAGCGUACGAGGGCUGGUUGGCUGCCGCGCGAGACGGAAGUGGUUCUGCCCGAGGUGGAGCUUAAGUUUGAGCUUCUGGGGAAGAGUGUCUCAGAGUCCGACAGAACGGUACGUUUUGACUACGAGCUGGCGGGGCCGCCCCACAUGAACGUGUUUGUCCAACCACUGGGAGGGGCAAAGGUUGAGGACUGGUCCUUCGUCAGAACAAUGCUGGACGAACCCGAAGAGUUCUCGGCUCCGUACCAGAUAUUCUUCUCCUACGGAAAGGAUGACUCUCCGUUAAAAUUUUACAUCCUAUUAUCGAAAUCCGAUGGAGAUUUCGAAAGCCCCACCCUCGAGCUAGGGAUUGUGGGACACUACGUGAGCUAUGAUUAUGAGAGGGAUCCAGAGGCUCUGCAGUUCAUUAAAAGCUUCCCCGACUACGUCCAUGUCAUGGAGUGGCCAUCGAUAUUUAAGCGUUAUAUAUAUUAGACCUAUCAUAGCUAUAAGUGUGCCAAUGCCCGUACCCAUACUCAUACCACUCGAAACAUUUCCACAAUAAAACGCGAUCCAUAACCUGCCUGAAA